UUAGUCAAAUCCUCAUAUACAUAUUCAAAGUUUUGAAAAACUACCACUCUUAAUUAUAUAUAUUUAUCACUCGAGUACCUACCAUGUUUAUAACUAGAGUGAUAAUGAACUUUUAAGACCAAACAAAAAAAAAAGUCAAAGUUGUUUUCAAAUUUCAUUAUAUAAAAGGAGUAUUUGUAACUACAAACUUCAGAAACUCAAUUAUAUGAACAAAAACCCUUUUUUGCUUUCUUCUUCAGCACCAAUGGCUCACGGGAAAGAUGAAACGACCUUCUCAAUUUCUGAUCAGUCUGCUCCUCCUGCAGCGAAACGUUGGAACAGUUAUGCUUUUGUUUGUUCAACCAUGGCUUCCAUGGCUUCUGUCUUACUCGGUUACGAUAUUGGUGUAAUGAGUGGAGCAGCGAUUUUCAUUCAAGAGGAUUUUAAGAUCUCCGACCUCCAAGUGGAAAUUCUUGUUGGGAUUAUUAGUCUUUACUCUAUUCUAGGCUCGAUCGCAGCCGGGAGAACGUCGGAUUGGAUUGGCCGACGUUACACGAUGGGCAUUGCUGCAGCCUUCUUUCUUGUGGGAGCUGUUCUCAUGGGCUUGGCUACCAACUACGCAUUUCUCAUGUUCGGGCGGUUCUUUGCGGGCGUAGGCACCGGGUUUGCUGGAUUGAUUGCUCCUGUUUAUACAGCUGAGAUUUCUCCGGCGAGCUCUCGCGGUUGCUAUACCACAUUUCCUGAGAUAUUCAUCAAUGUGGGGAUAUUGCUCGGUUAUGUUUCGAAUUUUGCAUUCUCCAAGCUCCCAACUAACUUGAGUUGGCGACUCAUGCUAGGAGUUGGCCUAAUACCCUCUAUCGGAUUAGUGAUAAUUGUCCUAGUAAUGCCUGAAUCACCACGUUGGCUUGUUAUGAAAGGCCGAAUCGAAGAAGCCAAACGAGUCCUCGAUAAAACAUCCCUCUCCAUUCAAGAAUCUCAACAAAGACUCCUCGAUAUAAAAAACGCCGCGGGUACAGACGACGUCAAUGCCGUUGUUCCAGUUUCGACUCCCCACAAACAAGGCAGAAGCGUUUGGAAAGAACUCUUUAUCCACCCAACUCCGUCUGUCCGCCAUAUCUUGAUUGCUGCUCUUGGACUCCAUUUCUUCCAACAAGCCUCCGGUAGCGAUAGUGUCGUUCUUUACAGUCCAAGAAUCUUCGAGAAGGCUGGAAUCACCUCCUCUGAUCACAAAUUACUGGCCACUAUCGCCGUCGGAAUCGUCAAAGGCAGCUUCAUUUUAGUAGCCACAUUCCUCCUGGAUCGAGUGGGACGCCGACCGUUGAUCCUCACCAGUGUUGCUGGCCAAACAAUUUCACUCGUCAUUCUAGGAAUCAGUUUAACAAUCAUCAAUAAUUCAGAGGUGAAAGUGAAGUGGGCUAUAGUACUAUGUAUAACAACAGUACUGUCCAAUAUGGCAUUUUUCUCAAUAGGACUAGGCCCCAUGGCGCCAGUUUACACGUCCGAGAUAUUUCCGUUACGCCUGCGCGCUCUUGGAGUGAGUGUGUCUGUGACCUUAAAUAGAAUUGUAAGUGGAGUUGUUGCAAUGACGUUUUUGUCUCUGUACCAUGCGCUUACCAUUGGCGGCGCGUUUUUUCUAUACGCCGGGAUUGCAGCCGUGAGUUGGCUAUUUUUCUUUCUGGUUUUCCCGGAGACAAGAGGUCAAAAUUUGGAGGAUAUCGAAGCGCUUUUUGGUAAUUUCCCUUGGAGAUCAAAGAAAAAUAAGGAUGCAGCCAUGGAAGUGGAACUAGAAGGAUGAAUGUUAAUGGGGAAUUGGAGAUGAUAACUCAUUCACUUUGUCUUAAAAUUAAAAUUUGAAUUUAAUUAUGUUUCCAUUAAACUUCCUAUGUUAAUACUAUAUUAUAUUAUAGAAAAAAAUAGUCAAAGUUAUUUGUCGUUGUUAUACAUCAAGUUGAUAUUCUA